CCGUAAACAAAGUGUGUUGCUAUGAGCAGAUAUUGUUGACGACCAAUCUAGUAGUAAAUAAUGUCAACAGCUUCCGAAGACUCAGUCGAAGAAGAAUAUUUAUCUUCUGGUAGUGAUGAAGAUGACGUAGUCAGCUCUGUAAAUAACCUAUCCGAUGAGUUGGAGUGCAUGGGAAUAUCACUGACAAAGUAUAGCAACGCAGUUGAAAAAGAUAAGAUGUUAGACUCCGUUUUACAAGCUGCCUGGAAUCUACUUCAGCUUCAUCAUUCAAAAAUACAAGAACUGCAUCGUCCUGAUGAAGUCAUCUAUCGGUUAAAGGAUGACUGCAAAAUACUGAGAGCAAAAGUAAAUCAUCUAAAGGAAAUUAUACUGAAGAAAGAUAAUCUUCUGCACAUAUCUGCAGAGGCAGAACGAAAGCUACAUACAAAAAAUGAAGAGCUUUCACGUGAACUCAAAAAGGAACAGAAUGAAGUUCGCCGACUUCUGCGACAGUUGCAGGAGCAACAGCAGCAAGCAGCUCGCGAUACAUGGCGCAGGGAGACAGAUGCAAAGUUACGUACUCCUUCACGUCCAUCUGCAAGACAGUCGCUGGCAAAAACACCAGAGCCAAUGGAAGAUAGGCUCCAUGAUCUAGUAGAGCAAAAUCUUCAGCUUAAACGUUCUCUCGUUAUGAUCUCCUCUCGACUAUCAGAACUUUCUUAUGGAUUCUCUAGUCUGUUACCAAAAAAGAAACUUUCUUUGGGGAUGAAGGAUCUGCAGUUAGACCUUGAUGCCAAGAAGGAACCUAUUGAUUUUGUUUUAGAAGAUUGUAACACCUCUUGUUCCAAGCGUUUAAAUUUUCUAGAUAAUGUUCUACAGGAUCUGUUAGGUUCAUAACAUGUAAUAUUGAUUUUCGAUGUUCACUUAGUUAUAGAGAAAGAUCUAAUACUUUUGUAAUGCUGUUUAUCUGAGGAACUAGCCUAAGCUUGUUUGGUUAUGUUAUUGAUGGAAACAUAUCUUUGCUAAUAUUUUUACAGAGCCAUCUGGAAGAUUUUCUUAUCGUGUCUGUUAGAGAAACAACUUUGUAAAUUAGAUCUCAUGAUGAAUUUUGAUUAAUGUUUCUGCUGUACCAGUCAGUUUUUGUGUGUGUUGUAACACUGGCCAUAAAAGUUACAACUUUCAAGCAUAAAAUCUGAAUGAUGACUCUUGCCCCUUCAGUGAAUGAGUACAACAGUCUAUGCUUUAAUCAGAAGUGUUAGUACUGCGUGAGCAGUGCUUACACAUAAGAGAUAUUUAAGGUAGAUGUCUGUAAAGGUAUCAUAGAAACUUCUAAAUGUUAGUUCUUGUCACAGUAUUCUAUUGGUAAAUCAAUUGUUCAUGUAAUUACACAGUAUUUAUAUGUUGUCAUUAAAACUGACUUUGUACGAUUGUCUGUACACACAAUGCAGGUUUAAAAUAUCUUAAGUAACACUUAAACCAACUCACAGGAAACACAUUCAACUGUGAGACUUAAAACCUACUGGCUAAUGAAUUUUCCGUGGUCAUCUUACUACUGUAUUCAAAUAUUGCUGCCACUCUAUUUUCGGUAAAAAAAAAGCAUCAGCUUGAUUAACUGUUUGUUGUUGACCAGAGAAUGUUCAAUUAUUUACAAUUUGAAUCAUAAACAACAGUAUACAUUUUUGAGCAGCAGAGAUCAGGGCUUUGGUUUUCCUUACUAUGGGGAUUUGACCAGAAAGCACGAUAUGGUCUUUCAUAUUAUUUGUUGUUGUUAUUCCAUAUUUUAUGAUCUUCCUACUGUGUGCUAUUAAUUUGUUACAUGGUUUUAUGUGCACAUAAAGGGAAGUUCAGCCAAAUUCGUGCAUAUAGGAAACACUUGUACUAUGAAACUUUCCUUUUUAAUAAGGAAGUGUCACUCAACCUUUUUUUUUUCCUAGUCCAUUCAAAGGAGAAUGUUUUGUGUUCAAAAUGAUGGCCUACAAUUUAUUAAUUAAUAGGUGUGUAGAAAUUGUGUAUUGGUAAUGAAGACAUAUCAUUUAUCCUGCAUGAUGUAAUGCACUCUUAUAAUGAUGAGUAUCUUAACAAAAUAUGACCUGAUAUAUAAGACUGAUUAGGUUUAGUUUACAAAAAAAUGUUCUAAUUUUGUAAUAUUAUAUUAUUGUCUUCUAAACAUUGUUCAAGAGUUUAGUUAUGUUAUAGUGAUGCAUGUUGAAAUAAAAUGCACAGUCUCUGUAAAGUGAAUGCUUGUAAAGCCCUAAGAAAUGACCAGUAAAAUACAAUUUUAAAGACUGGUGAAAGUUAAGUAAUGAUCCUACCUCAAUAUAUAACAUAAAACUAGGUAAUAUAAAAGU